AUGCAACAUGGGGUCGAAAACACUCACCUAGAGAAGAUCAUCUACGAGGAGGCAAUUACUGGAAAGACAGUCACCUAUGGACUCUUUCAUCGUCAAAUUCGCCAGACGGCAUAUAAUUUGCGACAAGCGAUAUCCCUGAGGCCGGGAGAUGUCGUGUCCAUUUCUGCCUCGAGCUGCAUCGAUUACAUUUUGACAGCCCAUGCUGUCUGGUGGGCUGGUGGUGUUGUGAGCGCAAUCAAUAAUAGUCUACACGUCGAUGAAAUCGUUCACGCCUUAGAUCUCAUCAAACCGAGAUACUUCAUAGUCGAUAGUACGCUGUACGGCAAAAUCCCUGCUAUCACGAAAGCUUCACACCACGCGCGUUCACAAAAUGAGAUGGCAAUCUUCACUAUUGGUAGCGAGGCCAGUACGAACUGGCCACCACUUCCUAUUGUCAAUUUGCCCUCGAAGGAGAAAGGACUGGAACUACACAAUCCUAUCCGCGCGAAUACAUUCGAUGCAAGAAAGACCUGCGCAGCAAUCUUGCUUUCGAGUGGCACGACAGGGGCAUCCAAGGCAGUGAUGUUAUCACACCAUAAUCUCGUUGCCGCUUGUUUUCAGCUACGGAGUGACAAUCCUCAAAAUUGGCGGGGAUCCCAAAGAGAGAUUUUCUUCCCGCCGUUGUCUCAUGUAUAUGCGCUUUACGUCUGUUUCACUAUGAAUCUUUGGUUGGGAUCUUAUGUCUGUUUGAUGCCUCGAUUUGAUCUAGAGCUCUACUGCCGCCUGAUGCAAGAUCGUUCAGCCACACUGGCAAGAAUCGUCCCUGCCGUUGCCAGGAUGCUGGGUGAGAGCCCAGUUGUCGGUAAAUACCAAUAUCCAAAGUUGGAGUAUUUCAGUUGUUCUGCUGCUCCAUUACAUGAAGAGACAGCGGCGAAGCUGCGCAAAGCGUUUCCCCGCGCUGCAUUAUGUCAAACUUACGGAUGUACCGAGCUAUCUGGACCAUGCGUCCAGAGCGGUGUUCGCGACAAAGAAAUGCCCCUUUCUGCUUCAGGUACUGUGAUCGCAAAUUGCGAGAUCCGGUUUGUAGAUCUUGACGGGAAAGACGUCGGAGCCCGAGGGCCCGGUGAGAUUCUCUGCAGGGCACCAAAUGCAAUGAUGGGAUACAAGGACAAUCCAGAGGAGACAGCAAAGACGAUUUCAGAGCAUGGGUGGCUACACACUGGUGAUCUAGGCUAUCUGGAUGAGCAGGGGUAUCUUUACAUCUAUGAUCGACUGAAGGAAAUGAUUAAAUACAAGGGAUUUCAAGUCGCACCUUCGGAGCUCGAGAACAUCAUUAUUCAACAUCCUUCGGUACACGAGGCCGCGGUAGUUGGAAUAUGGAGUUCCAAGGAAGAUACUGAAAUCCCCCGAGCUUUUGUGAGUUUGAAGCCGGACCAUGGAAGACGCACCGCGGACAUCCAAGAAGAAAUCGCUACAUUCGUAUCGACUAAAGUUUCCAACUACAAGAGGUUGAGAGGAGGCGUGGUGAUCAUUGAUGCAUUACCGAGAAAUCCAACGGGCAAGCUGCUAAAGAAGAAGUUGAAGGAGUAUGACGUGAAAGCGCAGCAUGCCGGGGAUAAAUUGGCCUCGAAACUCUGA